AUGGAAAGCCGUUUCGUCCCUGGUAGGCUCUCAACCGAGAGUCUCCAACACAUCAUCAAUCAUGUUUUCUUGCCUCCGAAGCUUCCACAAGAGGAUGAUCUCUCCGUAGACAAUGACCUCAAACUUAUCACUGCUGUCCUAGAAGCCCUAAAGGACUUUUCGGUGUGUCUCAAUGACCUUGAGGUAUCGGCUACCUUAAAAAUAACCACCAGCAUGAUCGACCGGAUGAUAUCUGCGGCACCAAAUGGAACACCUCUGGAAAAUCUGGUCGAGAAGCAGAUGAAUAGUAUGAUGGUAAACGAUGUGUUAGCAUUCAAUGUGAAGGCUCAGAAUGCAGCGCUCCUGAUACGUUGUCACGAAUCAAAGUACAUCUUUGAGGCCUUUGAGGUUUCGUGUCCAAACGCGAGUGUUACAGGAACUAAGGGCCGCCUGAACAGAAUCUUCCCGCAAGAAGCCAUCAUGAUCUCUUCUAGCAUCAUGAGCGAUCCAGCAUUUCGGCUGCCGUUCUCUGAUAUGCUUGUUGAUUUGGCUAAAACGACACCUGAAGACGCCUACAAGAUUUCCCGGAAGGCUCAACGUAAUCUACCAGAAAUACGAGACGUAAUUGAUCCCCGAUACUUUACUGAGCUCGCAUUCGGAAUACUUCGUGGCAUAGGCACUCCAGUAGAGAUUCCACGCAUUGAAAAGCGGGCCCAAGACGAAGUCCUCUGGUCAGACACUUAUUGCUGCUGGCGGAGGUCACCAUUGUGGACCGUGCUACGUGUCGCUAUUCAGACUACCCUCAUGCGACAGAUUGGUCCAGAUCGUGGCUGCGCAGUGUACAAGGCAUUCAUGAUCCAUUUCAUGACCCGGCUGCUCAUGCAAGCGACACGUGGCAACAUGUGUAGCGAUAUUCUUUAUACAAUGCAUAGAAAGAUUGUUCGACGGUUGCAUAAGUUAUCCGAGAUGAACGAAACUGAGUCCUUCACUUCACUGGCAGGUAAAUCUACAUGGGGUUCGCAUAUUGAGAAUACCAUUGAAGCCAGCUAUAAGGCUUUGAAAUGUAGAUGGCAUCAGUUGGAAUCAUGUGCCGAUCCUUUCAAGACGCAGAGUGCCUGGGAUGUAUCACGGUUGUCGUUCCAGGAUGAUACAUAUCUCAAGAUCAAGACUCUGAGAUCGUCUCUCGACGCGGUGUUACACCGUCCACCCCAGAGCUAUAACACAAGGGAAGCUGAUAUCGGAUUUUCCGCCCGCAUCUCUAAGAUCCCAAACUCCUUGCCUAAUAUAAAUGCAUUGGCACAGUCAACUGGUCAAGCACAGCGCAUCCUACUGUGCGAUAUUGAAAUGUGGAUCCAGGAUUGCCUGGUCGACUGGACAGACUGCAACUUGAGCAAAUCAGACGUCUGCUCCGAUCUUGCCACACUGAUGACUGCAUAUUCAACAGCCGGUCGAGCCUGCUAUGUCGAUGACCAGGAAGGGCUCUCGCGAAUGUUUCUUGUCGUUAUGGAGCUUUGGGUGUGUCUGGAUAGAAUUGUCACUAGACACGAACCGAUGCUGCUUGAUCAUCCAAUAGGUUUCGCGCCAGAUCUGUUUGAUCCUCUUCUCCUGCCUUCGAAGUCUCAAAUGGCAAGACUUGCUGCUGUUGAAAGCUAUCUGACUUCGAGACGUCAGAGCUGCCGUGCCCAGUAUCCUUCUAUAUUUAAUGCCUUUGGCGAUAGUAAUUCUUUGCCUGUUCGGUAUUUUGACGGGUCUGAGAAGCACCAAGAGCUACACAGAACCAUCGAAAGAGAAGCCAAUACUGUCCGAGCAAGCAGGUUAGAACUUUUCCGAGCAGAACGUCACCGCUACAACGACUUGUCAAGGAAAGCUAACCAGGCUUCCCAUGAACGAAUUCAGAAGUCGGGAUGGGACUGGUACAAUGAGGAGACCAUAAGCUGGGAGGAGAAUGCUUGCCCUCAUUGCCAAAAAUGCCGGUGGGAGAAAGAAGCCGCAGGAUUAAAGAUUAGACGACAUGAGUGGCCUUUGCCAUCCAAAUUAGCGGAAGCCAAAACAGCUGUCUUCGAGCUAGAUUGUCCUAAAGCGAUCAGUGUAUGGAGGGACAUGACCUACUUUGUUAUGGUUGACGUCCUCACAAGUCCCCAGAACUUGCCACGCGAUGUUCCAGCCACUGGAAAGUAUGGACUGGAAAAUUACGACGCAUUGCGGGCUCAUUUCAUCUCGGACCAGAACCGCAUUGUCAUCAGGUCUGCCACGAAACCGAUUCAUGUAUCGCAUUACCGAGACGCAGAUAUUUCAAGUGCUACAGAACAGUCGAUAUGCGUCGAGCACGCGAUGCAAUACGAUAUUCAUGAUUCUAGAAACGAGAAAGCUGCACAUAAGUUUAUCGGGUACGCGGAUGUUCGCAAAGCAUGUUCGCAACCAAUAAUGGACAAGAACUAUGAAGGCUUACAGUCCUGGGUUGACAACACGACGCAUCAACCCAAUGAGGUGAUUGCGAAGCAGUCAGAGUGUCCGCUCGAAUUGUCUGUUCAUGAAUACCUCUCGUUUGGACACCUCCGCUCUGGUCCCUAUCUACAGUGGCAUAACAUUGCGCGGGCGCUGAUCGACGGCACCUUGAACUUUAAUACAGAAGCAGUGAGUGUUAUCCUUGCCCAAUGCGCAUGGCAGGCUGGUCCAUGUUGCGCUGAGGAUGAUCCAACCAUGCGGGCCUCCCAUGGAACGCUAAGCGCUCCCCCUUUUUGUCUUGACCUGCUUGAUGCUCUCGAGGAGCUUUUGUCCAACACAAAAGAGAAUUGGCAAGGUAUCAUGUCCAUUCAAAUCCUUGUCACCCUUACAAGCCGGAUCCUAAGCCUAGCGUCGCAUAAAGAUGUCCGACAGAAGUGCCUUGACAUUCUUUGUGAAGCGCGUAAUGUGACUUUCGCAUGGACUCGGAAGCUGAAAGAGAAGCUCUCGACCUGCUUUGAGGAAAACGAACGGAAGCAAUGGAUGGACGUCAGCAUCGAAAUUGCACUUUGCUGUUACAGUACUUUUGCAUUGGAUCUUCCGGACAUCGAAUUGUUACUUACUUCUGAGGAUCUUGUCGCAAAACUGACCGAAUGCAUGAUUACAAUCGAUGAACUACGUCCAACAUCAAUUGGUAAACUUCCUCGACACAUGAGAAGCUCUCUUCUUAGAUUUUCUAGGGUAGCACAGAUUGUGGAGGAAGUUCUGUGCAGGGUCAUCCUUCGAAACGGCAAUGGACUGAAUCGGAGUAUCACUAGUUUAUGGGAGUCCUACAGCCCUGGUAGUCCCUGGCAGAUAGCUGUACGCGGGCAGCGUGAAUGGUUGAUGACAAAAACGGCCGAGACAACAGACUCUGGCACGGUACCAGUGUACUUCAAUCUACUGACAGGGAGUCUACUUGUGAAUGGGUCACCUCUUACGCGGCUUCCUACUACUUACGAGCGAAAUGCAUCCUACCUAAGGCUAUUCUCUAAGAUGUAUAUCACUGUGAUACCGUCAACUAUGCGGGGGAUGCGGUAUGAAAGUCGAACGUCUGUAUUCGGAUAUCAGGUACAUUUCUUACUUGAUGGUCCAAACCUUGUAAUUUGUGCAAGAAAGGAGAGUGAAACCUUUCGUAUUCUACCCACGGACCUGUUGUUUGACGAUUUCCCUCCCGCUUUUAUCAGUGGAUACUCCCAUUGGCUGAACCUUUCGACAAAAGAAUUGGAAUUUCGCCCUAUUACCAACCCUUGGGUCACAUGCAAGUCAAACUGGAGGAUACAAAGUUUAGGGGACGCAACCAACAUUCUGUCAUUGGAAAAACUUUUACACCUCGACAUGCCUACAAUUACUGCGGAAAAGCUUUUACACAUCGACAUGCAUACAAUCACUGCUCACCGCAUUUACCAGGUGCUGAGCCCGAUUGAACGUAGGGAACACAUCCACAUUUCCUAUCAUCCAGCCUCCCAAUCUGUGGACGUCCAUCUUAUACGCCUACGCCUCGACUUCUUUAUCAACGGAAGCGGGGUACUCGAAUGCAGACAACGUCGAAAUAUGGAAGUAGACAAAAAUCAGUCUUGCGGUACAUUCACAGGUGUUCGCAAUAAGUUGAUUCUCCGCUCGAACAAAGACUCACAUCGCUGCAUUAUCGUCCCAUUCGGGGAAGUCAAGCUAGUAUCACGAGAGAACCAUACCGAGGUCCAGGUGGAGACUAGUAGUGAAAGCGACAUUGAGUAUUUUUAUUACGAACUAGACAUCACGCUGCGUCGUCUGAAAGAUAAUGAUAGCAUGAAAAGCUGUUUAUUUCGAACUCUGCUUCAUGCUACCUCAAGUCAUUGCCUACCGGACUGCUUCACUGGUAGAACAGGUACUGAACAGGCGAUUGCCAAUCUCAAAGAUGCAAGCACGUUAUCGUUCCGCACCUUGAGUUCAGAAGAAAUUCAGAUCUUGGUGCGGAUUGGACAGCUCACUCCGCAUCGGGUCUACUAUCCUCAGCACAUGGCAGUAAUGCAAGAGGUAAAGUGGCAUACGGUUCUGCCACCUCUGUCGCAACAUGAAUCUUUUUACAGUUUAGUUUCUGACAUAUUCAAGUGUGCACGGGCACAGAAAAUGUUCUACACCACCGAAGGUUUGCCAGACGAAGGUAGAUUCGGUGAGCCAGCUCUCUUAGCUAGGGCAGAGAUCCGCAACUCCAUCUUUAGAGGAAUCGACUAUGGAGGUGAGAAGCAUAGUACUGUUCAUGACAAGGCGUACCAAGAGAGCACAAAAACCAAAGAGGCAAGUGUCUGUGGGCUGACAUCCUUGGUGAAUGCGUGGCCUAACCGGUUGAGUCCUCCGAGUACCCUUCUAAGCAUCAUUGAGGACUGGGAGGGUACACUCAGAGGGCAGAACGCAUCUUCUCACCACGAUUCUCUGAGAUAUAACCACACCUGGAAAGGAACACCGGAUAUAAUGUUGAAUUCUACGUACAACUUGGGAGAGGGAUAUGAGCCUACACAAACCGCUCUAAAAUAUUUGAUCAACAGUGCCGCGAAGGACUUCAGCCAAUGCCCGGAAGCCUUGUUGCCGGCUCUCAGAUUCGAGAAAAAGUGGCAAAGUAAUGAUCGAAGACGUGGCCUACACACUGAGGCUAAAGAGAGCAAGGCAAAUCAACUCGUGGAUCAGCUACUUUUACUAUGGCCUACCGAUACAAUCAACAUCGCGAAUCGAAGCAUUUUUGCAACACAUUUUAACCUAGACCAAAUUUCUGAAAGUGCAAAUACUAGAUUCGCCAGCUGGUUCCGGAACAGGAAAUUCAAGACCUUUAUAUCCCAGGCUCAGUCAAUUCUCAACCGCCAUCGGACUUCACCUAGACAUACUGCACCUUACAACUUCUCUCGCCUACCCCAGAUAUCUCGGAAGCAGACUACGCACUUAGACUGGAAACAUUUGUUCUCGGGAGAGCCACCUAGCAUAGAGGCCACGGGAGGGAUCGAUAUGUCGUUGUUUUUGAGGCCCAGUGCUUCUAUGCGAGACUGCCAGCGGGUUAGAAGACUUAUCGAGCGGGGUCGACUGGAUUGCAUUGGUACUUAUGAGACGAAUUAUAUGAGGGAUAUGCUUCGUAGCUUAGACCACCUACGAACAAUCCCACCGGGAAGUCACCUGGAUCGUGCCAAGGAAGAUCUACUACGCGAAGCCCUGGGAGACGCCUGUAUUGAUAUGGAAAGCAAGGUCGACACGGCAUUAGAGGCGGUAAGAAAGGCAACUAUCCGUAGAGAUUCAUGGUCAGAUUCCAUUGCCGCCUUGGUCACUACCUGGCCGCGUAUGCAGCCCACUGCCUUGCUGAAACACCUCACUCAACAAGAUACGCUGAGUCCUGGUUGGACGAACGCCAUCCUCCAGUAUGGAAUAUUGAUCACAAGAUGGCAGUACUAUAGACGCCUCAGCGCCCUUCCACUAGGCACAGCGGAGUUUCUCAAAGAGUUCAAGAACGUUGGUCACGAUGGGUGGGACCCAGCUCAGUACCCGGAAUGGCUAUUGUUUGAAAUUGAGAAUAAUCUCCUCAUACGGCCUGAGCAGGCUCAAGUAGCCAAGGAGAUGCUCAAGCCCAGCUGCAAGAGUAAUUGUGUUAUGCAAUUGAACAUGGGAGAGGGCAAGUCAUCAGUGAUUGCGCCCAUAGUCGCUGCGACACUCGCCAAAGGGCAAUAUCUACCCCGGAUGAUUGUUCUGCCAUCGCUCUUUGCCCAAAUGUUUCAUCUUCUGCGAGAAAAGCUAGGCGGGUUGAUGGGUCACCGGGUUGUCGGAGUUCCCUUCUCUCGUUCAACGCCAAUGUCAUCUGAUGAAGCACUCGUGAUCCACGAAAUGUAUGAAAGGCUCCUGCGAGAGCGAUGCAUUGUGCUUUGCCAGCCGGAGCACAUCUUAUCGUUCGAUCUUAUGGGCAUUGAGAAGUCCAACAGCACCAUUAUUACACCGCUCGCGUCCACUUUAGUCAAGACACAGCGGUGGAUCGAUGAAAAUACGCGUGACAUUCUUGAUGAGAGUGAUGAGAUUCUCAACGUCAAAUUUGAGUUGAUCUACACCAUGGGCCAGCAGACUGCUAUUGACUUCAGUCCACAACGCUGGGAAGUCAUUGCCAGCGUUCUUCGUAGACUGAGACAUCGCCUGAGGGAUGAUGCGAGGGCCGGGAAGCAGCCCGAAGGCUUAUCUGUCCAGGACACAAGACCAGAGGGUUUCCCUCGCCUUCAAAUUCUAGAGCAAAACGACGGUGAAGAUCUCAUGAAGCGCGUGGUCUACGACUUGAUCACCGAAGGAGGAGUGCAGGGUCUUCCACUCUUAAGCCUCAAUAGCAGCGAGAGACAGUCACUGAUCCACUACAUAUUGGAUCCAAAAGCUCCCGGGCCCAGUAAGAGUAUCGCAUUGGAGAGAAUCUUCAGCUCCCCUGAGACGCGUUCCAUACUGCUUUUACUAAAAGGGCUCUUCGGACACGGUGUCCUGCUCUUUGUGUUCCAACAAAAACGAUGGCGCGUAAACUACGGGCAUGACUUCUCGAGAAGUCUGCUCGCAGUACCGUACAGAGCAAAGGAUCUUCCUGCAUCUCGAGCUGAAUUCAGCCAUCCAGAUGCAACGAUUCUGCUCACAUGUCUGAGUUACUACUAUAAGGGCCUGACCAACGAUCAAUUGUUCCAGUGCUUUGAUGAACUCCUAAGAUCUGACGAUUCAACUGGUCAAUAUGCAUCAUGGACUUCGGAGGUCAGCAGUAUGCCUGAUGCAUUUCGCGCACUUUCAGGGGUGAAUCUCAAGGACAGGUUGCAAUGCACUAUGGAACUGUUUCCAAGAAUCAGGAACUCCAAAGCUGUCGUUGACUUCUUUAUGUCGCGUUUGGUGUUCCCGAAUGAAAUGAAAGAGUUCCCGAGCAAGCUAUCAUCAUCGGGAUGGGACAUUGCGCAAGUGAAGCGGCAUCCGACGACAGGAUUCUCGGGGACCAACGACUCCAGAUACUUGUUGCCACUCUCCGUCCAGCAGUAUGACAUUCCGGACCAAGUGCACACCAAUGCGACUGUGCUGGAGUGCAUACUGCAACCACAUAACACCUACCAAGUCAUUCCUGGGGCAGGUAAUGCUAAAUCUUUGCUUGAUCUCGUCGUUGGCGCGCAACCGGAAAUACGGGUCAUUCUCGACGUUGGUGCUCUCGUACUCGAAUGGAGGAACGAUGAGAUGGCUCGCAAUUGGUUAGAGCGUAUUCCGUCUGACCGGAUUGAGGGCGUUGUGUACUUCGAUGAGAACGACGAAGUCAUGGUACUCACCCGAGAUGGGCGGAUACAGUUGCUUCAGGAGUCUCCUAUGCAAAAGCAGAUGGACACUUGUCUCGUUUAUCUUGAUGAAGCGCACACACGUGGUACUGACCUGAAACUCCCGUCCGACUACCGCGCAGCGGCCACGCUUGGACUUGGGUUGUCCAAGGACAGACUUGUACAAGCCUGCAUGAGAAUGAGGAAGCUUGCACACGGUCAGUCUGUCAUGCUGUGUGCUCCAAUGGAGAUUGAGCGUAAGAUUCGCCAGCACGCGAAGAAGGUGAGCGGAGCUGCCCUUGACGUUGAGGAUGUUCUGCUUUGGAGCAUUCAGAACACGCAUCACUACACCAAAAAGUGUGUUCCACUAUGGGCUAUUCAAGGCAUGCGACACCAGCGUCGGAAGGUGGUCUGGAGCGGCGAAGGCAAUUCGCAAGUGUUGCUCGAGCCAGAGUCGAAGUCUCUGGAGGACUGGUAUGGUGUGGUAGGUCAGCCUGAUCACCCAGACUGGCUGCAGAGAUAUGGUCCAGACGUGCUCUCGCAGAGAUCACGCGAAGUUCAAAAGAUCCAGCGUAAGAUGAAAGACUUUGAGACGUCGUCAAUCGAUGAUGCGGCCCUUCAUGAAGAGCAAGAGCGGGAACUCUCACCAGAGUGCGAAUUGCAAAGACAACGUGAGGUCCCGCCCACUACGGAUCCAGUACGACAUAGUCUCCACCGGGAUAUCGUCGUGAUGGUCCGUGAAGGCAGACUCAAUACCAGCUCAGUAUCGUUGAUCCCGGCAUUUAAAACACUCCAAGUGACAAAGAUGGCGCAAGUCUUCGAUCUAUCUACAUGGCCUACCGGAUUGUGGGCGACGAAAGACUUUGCCCGCACAGUACGAGCAGUUCCUACCGAUAGGCAAGAUUAUUUUGUUCGGUCACCGCAAUGGCUCUUACGGUGGCCAGAGACAGAAACCUGCGUGUUAAUCAGUGCCUUUGAAGCAAACAGCCUGUUACCUGAGAUCCAAAAGGCCCAUAAAUUGACUUUGCACAUCUACACACCCCGAAUCCGCGAUUCCGCAGGCGCAUCCCGAACAAUGGAUCUACUCCACCGGAUGGAGAACCUCCAGUAUUGCGUCGUUCCCAGUCUUACAGCACAGCAGAAGACUCCACAAGCAGUCGCUGCCAACCAAGCAACCAAGGUCCAGCUGAAUCUAUUCGCAGGCCAGCUAUACUUCGAGUCCCAAACCAUGUACGAAGCCACCUGUUGUUUCCUGGGUCUAGCAUUCCGAGGCCCCUGCGACGGCGUAACGAUGUCACCUGAAGGCUUUAUUGAAGACACCGAGGACCGCUUACUUUAUGACGAGAGAAUGGCAAAGCAAUGUAGCAUACAUAAAAGUCCAGUUGAACUUUUGCGCAAGUUGGCGACAUGCCGAAGGAAGGGGCAGAGGUACAAGAACUCCCACAUGGGUCUUUUACUCGAUGGAGACCCCGUCGAAGUAGGCAGAUUGUUGGGGUCAUAAUGGCACAGCCAGGGAGGGAAAACAGGGAUAUUUUGU